AUGUCGGCCAUUCGUGCUUUCUCCUCGCUCAAGGGUGCCUCUUUCCGCCAACAAACCCCUCUUCGCUUUGCUGCUCGCACUUACGCCUCUCAAGCUAAGACCUUGAAGGAGCGUUUCGCUGAGCUUCUUCCUGAAAAGCAAGCUGAGGUCAAGGAGUUCCGCAAGAACUAUGGCAACAAGGUCCUUGGUGAAGUUACCGUUGACCAAGCCUAUGGUGGUAUGCGUGGCAUCAAGGGUCUUGUUUGGGAAGGCUCCGUUUUGGAUGCUGAAGAAGGUAUCCGCUUCCGUGGUUUGACCAUCCCUGAAUGCCAACAACAGCUUCCUGGUGCUGUUGAGGGUGGUGAGCCUCUUCCUGAAUCUUUGUUCUGGUUGCUCGUUACCGGUGAAGUCCCUACUGCUGAAGAAGUUAAGGGCUUGUCUGCCGAGUGGGCUGCUCGUGCUGAGAUCCCUGAAUUCGUUGAAGAAUUGCUUGAUCGUUGCCCCAAGACUCUUCACCCCAUGUCUCAAUUCGCCCUUGCUGUUAACGCCUUGCAACAUGAAUCUCUCUUCGCCAAGGCCUAUGCUGAGGGUAUCCACAAGUCCAACUACUGGGACCCUACCUUUGAGGAUGCCAUGAACGUUAUUGCCAAGCUUCCUAACAUUGCUGGUCGUAUCUACCGCAACGUGUACAAGGAUGGCAAGGUUGCUUCCAUUGAAGCUGAUAAGGAUUACUCUUACAACUUCUCCAAGGUUCUUGGUUUCCAUGAGAACAAGGACUUUGUUGAGUUGAUGCGUCUUUACCUCACCAUUCACUCUGACCACGAAGGUGGUAACGUCUCUGCUCACACCUCCCACUUGGUCGGUUCCGCUCUCUCUGAUCCCUAUCUCUCUUUCGCCGCUGCCUUGAACGGCCUUGCUGGUCCUCUUCACGGUCUUGCCAACCAAGAAGUCCUCCGUUGGACCCUUAAGCUUAAGGACACCAUUGGUGUUGAUGCUAGCGAGGAACAAAUCAAGAAAUACCUUUGGGAUACUCUUAAUGGCGGUCAAGUCGUUCCUGGUUAUGGUCACGCCGUCUUGCGUAAGACUGAUCCCCGUUACACUGCUCAACGUGAAUUCGCUCUCAAGCACUUGCCCGAUGAUCCCCUCUUUGGUCUCGUCUCCAAGUUGUAUCACAUCAUCCCUGGUGUCUUGACUGAACACGGCAAGACCAAGAACCCCUGGCCCAACGUUGAUGCCCACUCUGGUGUCCUUCUCCAAUACUAUGGUCUUGUUGAACAAGAUUACUACACCGUCUUGUUCGGUGUAUCACGAGCUUUGGGCUGUCUUUCUCAAGUCUGCUGGGCUCGUGGUCUCGGUCUUCCCUUGGAACGCCCCAAGUCCUACAGCACUGCUCACCUUAAGAAGAUGUUCGGUGCCAACUAA